UUCAGCUAGGUAAUAAUUGAGCCUUAUACAUGUGUUAAUACGUCAUGAAUAAUAUACCAAAAUAUAACGAAAAUGGCAAGUUAACACUGAUCGAAAGGAGGAACAAUGCUUACAGGAGACAUGGUUGAAUCUUCAACAUGAAGAACUUACAUAGCUUGAACAAGCUGCAGCUCAGAACAGAAACGGCCCAAAAGAUGAACACAAACUCAGACAACUCAUCCAAAAAAUAGUAAACCACUUCCAAGACUACACUAACAACCGUACUCUCCUAGCCCGAAAGGAUGUGUCUCCUUUCUAUGCACCUGCCUCGGGCGCUACGUUGGGGAACUCGGUCCUAUGGAUCGCUGGGUGCAGACCCUUUUCUUUCAUACGUUUAAUUUACGCUCUCAGUGGCAUGGAAACUGAGUCUCAUAUAAGUCAGUUCCUUGAGGGGAUUAAAAGUGGAGAUCUCCGGGAGUUAACAUCGAAACAAUUCACCAUGAUCGACGAGCUGCAGGGAAAGACGAUUCGAGAAGAGAGGAACCUUACGACGAGAUUGGCUAGCUUGCAAGAGGACAUGGUGGGCCAGCCGCUCGCUAGCAAGAUGAAGAAAAAGGGAGAGUGUGAGAAUGCAGAUGAACCUUUGGAUAAACAUAGUCAACACAUGGCAGGUGUAAUGGAAGAAGCUGAUGAGUUGAGGAUGAAGACGUUGAAGGAAAUUGUACUCACCAUACUUGAACCGGUUCAGGGGGUGGAAUACUUGGCCGCAGCUAAGAAGAUCAGGUUUUGUGUGAAUCAGUGGGGCAAGAAGAGGGAUCACGAGCAUAGCGAUUAAGAUCAGUACUAGCUAGUUAAUUUUGGAUAAUGCAUGUUUCUGGUUUGAUGCUUGAAUUUGUUUUGCAUGUACCACUCUGCUUUAGUUGUUUAUUUAUGUCUGCAGACUGUAGUAUCUUAGUUAUAGGGCUAAAAAACCAUAGUCUUUUUACAACUUGUGUGCUCGUUAAAAAUGUUGCUCCCAUGAUCAUCAUGAGCUGCUUUUACUUGUUAGUUAUCAACUGUAAGGUCACUUUUGUAAUGUAUUAAUUAAGUGCAGAAAAAUGGAAAGAAGA